AAACAUACAUUUUUAUGCUUUUUGUUGUUGCUGUAAACGCAUAAAAAACAUUGGUUUGCUUUGCAUUUGAAGUGAACAUAUAUAUGUAAAGGUUUUGAAAAUUAUUCGUUUCAAAUGCUAAAAAAAACAUUUUAACACUUAAAAGGUAAUAGCGUACUAAAUAUGACAAAUAUUGACUUGAAAUAAAGUGCAUACCAACACAGACCAAGGCUUCACCAAAACGCAUAAAAUACGUAAAAAACGUUUUAAUGACUCAAUUGUCUUAAAAACAAAACAAAACAUUAAAUGAACUCCACUGAGGUUUGUUUGUCAAGACGGGACUAGAAAUAUUUUUUAACUUGAAUCUUCCAUCUGAUAUAUGUCUAGUGCAAAAUUUCUGAUCAUAUACCUAAAUAGUUAUUCUAUUUGUGCAAAUGAUUCAUGCAACGCUUAUCGCUCAGCUCGAGAUAAAUAGCACAAAAUACGACAAUUUUUCCUUUAAUCUGUUACAGCCACAGCUGUGUUUUAACGUGUUUAUUUUUAUUCUCAUAACUUUUGCAUACAUAUGAAUGCUGUUAAACAGUUAUUAAGUUAUAAAGCAUCUCAUAAGUAAGCAAAGUAAACCUUGAAAAUUAAAUAUUUUAAUUGCUGACUUACAUUAAUGAAUUCAUAUAUGAAGUAAAAGAUAUUAAUUAUUAUAAUGAUGUCGGGUGUUUUAUACUCCAUUGUUGUGAAGUGUCGCCUGUGAUUUUAAAUGUAAAAUGACAAAUAAUGUUAGUGUGUAGCAUCUUUCUUACGAUUUUAAAGGACUCUGUAGCUUAAUCGAGAAUUUGUUUUCAUACAGGUUUUCCAUCAGUCUUAUUUACUAUGGUGUUAGUUUUGGAAUCCAAGCUCUAAAGGGAAAUAUACCUGAAUUUAUUCAUAUUUGGUGUUGCUGGCAUACCAGCAAAACUGAUCUCGGUUUAUAUGACUAAUAGAUUCGGGAGAAAGAUUGCUUCCAUGAUUUGCUUUACUGGCAUCAUAACUGGUGGUUUUGUAGCCGGAACAGCACAAGCUUUUGAUACACCACAUCGUGACGUUUUAACUACUGCGUUUGCUGUACUUGCAUGUAUGACAGACCAAAUGGCUUCGGGUCCAAUUCAAACUAUGACGAUAGAAGUUUAUCCUACUGUUAUAAGAAAUAUUGGUUUUGGAUCAUUAAGUGUCAUCGACGGAUUAGGUGCAGCAUUAGGUCCACUGUUUGUUUACUUAUUUAAGUAA